UUAAGUACAGCAACAGCUCGCAGCUUGGAAAAAUCAAAAUGUCCGAACGGUUCAACUUUACGGAUCACUUCAAUAGCUACACACUGCGCGGGCGUGCCAACGUUGCCAAGGCCACGCUGGCCGCUCUGGGUAUCGCCUAUGUCGCCGUGAAGAUGCAAAAGGCUUCGGUGAAGCGUCGCGAGGCUCAGCUCUACUGCAAGGGCUGUCAGAAGGUUCUGCUGCGUCAAUAAAGAGUAGUAGGAGGAGAAGGAGGAGGAGCAGAAGAUGGAGGAGGAGCACCUGGGCAGGGCGUCAAUUAUUGCAAGAUAUUUCAGAACUUUAAAUAACGGAAAUCCAUUUGAAUGUAGUGCAGCAGUGCUGUGAAUCGCCACUGUACCAUUUUUACACGUAUUUUACCUAACCUCUGCAUGCAUUUCUCGAAUGAACUUUACAUGUGCUUCCACUGAAAGCGCUUUGUACACAUCGCGCAGCUUUGGUCAUUCGUUUUACAGUUCAGACAAACGCUGACUGCUAUGAAACACAACAAAUAAACAGCUGUGCCACGGCAAAU